AUGGCCAUGGAGAUUGCGUGGUGGCGGCUUGGAGAGACAACCGCCGCCGAAAUUGGGAGGCAGGUGGCCAAGGCCGUGCCUUCGAUGGACGCUGUUGUGAAGGUGUUUUGCGUUCACACGGAGCCCAAUUUCUCGCUGCCGUGGCAGAGGAAGAGGCAGUAUAGUUCGAGUAGUAGUGGGUUUAUUAUUGGGGGGAGGAGAGUGUUGACGAACGCGCAUUCCGUGGAGCAUUUUACGCAGGUGAAGCUCAAGAAGAGGGGGUCGGAUACCAAGUAUUUGGCUACUGUGCUGGCGAUUGGGACCGAGUGUGACAUUGCCUUGUUGACUGUCAGCGAUGAUGAAUUUUGGGAGGGGGUCUCUCCUGUCGAAUUUGGGUCUUUGCCUGCACUACAAGAUGCUGUUACUGUUGUUGGUUACCCGAUUGGAGGAGACACAAUCUCUGUGACUAGUGGUGUUGUUUCACGUAUGGAGAUUUUGUCAUAUGUCCAUGGCUCCACUGAGCUUCUGGGCCUACAGAUUGAUGCUGCUAUAAACUCUGGGAAUUCUGGUGGCCCUGCUUUUAAUGAUAAAGGAAAAUGCGUUGGUAUAGCAUUUCAGUCCCUAAAACAUGAAGAUGUGGAAAAUAUAGGCUAUGUCAUACCCACACCGGUCAUUACACACUUCAUUCAUGACUAUGAAAAGUCAGGGGAAUAUACAGGUUUCCCUAUACUUGGGAUUGAGUGGCAAAAAAUGGAAAAUCCUGAUUUGCGCAAGGCUAUGGGGAUGGCGCCCGAACAGAAAGGUGUUCGCAUUAGGAGAAUAGAGCCUACUGCUCCAGAAUUUCAAUUUUUGAAGCCAUCUGAUAUCAUUCUGAGCUUCGACGGAAUUGAUAUAGCUAAUGAUGGAACUGUUCCUUUCAGGCAUGGAGAACGCAUUGGUUUUAGUUACCUUGUUUCUCAGAAGUACACUGGGGAGAAUGCUGUUCUUAAAGUUCUACGCAAAUCAAAAGUCCUUGAAUUUAGUGUAAAACUAGCAAGUCACAAGAGGUUGAUUCCGGCUCACAUCAGAGGGAGGCCUCCGUCAUAUUACAUAGUUGCUGGCUUUGUUUUUACAGCUAUAUCUGUACCAUAUCUCCGCUCUGAGUAUGGAAAAGAUUAUGAGUAUGAAGCACCUGUAAAGUUGUUGGAAAAGCAUUUGCAUUCAAUGGCACAGACACCUGAUGAGCAACUUGUCGUGGUUUCCCAGGUGCUUGUGUCAGAUAUUAAUAUCGGUUAUGAAGAGAUUGUUAAUACUCAGGUUCUUGCUUUUAAUGGUAAGCCAGUCAAGAAUCUGAAAGAGUUGGCAUCUAUGGUAGAAAGCUGCAAAGAGGAGUUUUUGCAGUUUGAUUUGGAGUAUCAGCAGAUAGUUGUUCUAGAAACGAAGACUGCCAAAGCUGCGACACCUGAUAUUCUAACUACACACUGCAUACCAUCAGCUAUGUCAGACGAUUUAAAAGUUUGAAGCUUGCCUUGCCUUCACAUUUGUUGAAGUUUGCUCCCGUUAUAUACAGUUGGCAACUGGCAAUCAUAGCUUUUGUAAACCAACAUAUUUUGUGUUGCUAGAUGGAGAAUAU